AUGCCGCCGGUGAGGAUCAUACAAGUGCUAGUGGCUGCAGCGCUCGUAUCUACAUGCGCCUACUUCCUGCUAGUCCCCUCGUGGCCUUCUGCAACACGUGUGUCGCAAUGGCAGAAGACGGUGCUUCCCGGGGAAACGCCAAAGAAUAUCACGCUGGACGUGGAAGUUCUCAAGAUUCUGGAUGUGCCCGCGACCUUUACGUAUUCGCGGCAUUGCUUGGUGGCGCGGGAGCAGGCUGGACUUUCACGACAAUCGCUUAUUCAGAUCAAUGAUGCUUUGUUUGCGCCGUCGAGGACGACGCAUAUCACUCUGGAUGAAGACUUCGUGCCUGAUCCUGAGAACAAUAGUCUGUUUCCGCAUUGCGAAAGCGCGACGCUGGUGGAUGUGCCGGAAUUCUGGGUUACGCAUGCAAGUCCGGAUACCAGCGCUCUCAUGCUUGGAGUGGCGACUACGUUAAAGCGCAUCAGAGAAAGUCUUCCAACCUUUUCUCGAUGGCUUUCGAAUACUGGGUCGCCACUGGUGGUGUUAUUGGUCGAUCAGAAGAAUCUGGAAGAUGGAAAGGAAAGGAUCGAGGUUGUGAAGACCGAAGCUCAGGCCUUGAACAUCGAACUCAUAUUGGAGCCAUAUCACAACACAUUUUCGCAUGAUAGCGAAGGGCUGAAGAAUUUUGGACUGGCCACGGUACUUCACAAACGGCGUAGACCUACGACACAAUGGUUUGGAAUCAUCGACGAUGACACCUUCUUCCUAUCGCUGCCACGGAUGAUGGAAGCACUGGGUCCUUACGAUCCAGUAAAGCCAUGGUAUAUCGGCUCUCUAACAGAAGGCCACACUCGUGUCGCACAGGAAGGAUUCAAGGCUUGGGGAGGAGCAGGGUUCUUCAUAUCACCACCGCUUAUGAAGACGCUUGCAGAGCAUGCAACAGAUUGUACGCCACUGGAUAAGUUCUUUGGUGAUAUCCUUUGGCGAGACUGUAUCUUGGAGGUCACAUCUCCCACCGUCCACCUGACUGAGCUGCGUGGACUGAACCAGAUGGACCUAUGGAACGAUCUCUCGGGCUGGUACGAAGCAGGCUUCAGCCCGAUCCUCACCGUCCACCAUUGGAAGAGCUGGCACUUCUUCCCCAUCGCGACCGCUCACGUAGUCACAGAUGUAGCUGGACCUGACUCACUCUUACAGCGCUACCAAUUCGGCAACAACACCAUCUUCACGAAUGGCUACAGCAUCGUCGGAUACCCGUAUGGCCUGCCGGAUCUGAACCUGGUGGAGCUGACGAUGACGGAAGACGUUAAUGUGAAGAGGCCACCUGAGAAGCUCGAGUUCCAUCACAGCAUGGGCAAUACUAGGCCGGCGCUGGAGGUGGGCAAGGAGAAGAUUAGCUGGGAGUUUGCGCAUGCUGUUAAGAUCGGAGAUGGUCUUGUGCGGCAGUUCUAUGUCAAGAGGCAAGAGGAUGAUGUGAGUGUUGUGGAGAUUGACUGGACUUCUGCGUGA